CAGUCAAAAUUCGAACGCAAAGGCAAACGGUUGUGUUUGCACAUAUUAAGAUAAAAGUUGAACUGAAUACUUUAUUUAAGUAUUUUGCCGUGCGCUCAAAAACCGGAUAGAUAAACCUUGAAGGCAAAAAAAUAUAUAUAAAUAAAUAUGGAGUGUUGUCAAAUGGAUAUAAAUAUGGACGAAGUUGGAUUCGAUUUGAAUGGAAAGAAUGUUAUUUAUAUAGGUGGCUUUGGUGGCAUCGGUUUAAAUACGUGUAAACAGCUGGUGCAAAAAGGUGUCGCGAAUCUUAUGAUACUCGAUCAGGUGUGGAAUGAGUCAGCUUUCAAUGAGAUAAAUGUCGUCGACACAAAACACGUUUGCCAGUUUAUGGCAUUUGACGUCACUUGCGGGUUGGAAGAAACUCGUGCGAUAUUUACGCGAAUAGUGGAAAAAUUUGGACACAUCGAUGUUCUUAUUAAUGGCGCGGGCAUAGCUGACGAACGCGAUUUCGAUUUGAUUAUUGCAACAAAUUUUACCGCUACCAUUAAUGCCACGCUAGUGGCCUACGAUUUAAUGGAUAAAAGUAAAGGUGGCAAAGGCGGUGUUGUCCUGAAUAUAGCUUCGGUUGCGGCAUUGACACCCUUUCCCUCCUUACCAAUAUAUAGCGCGACAAAGGGAGGGAUUUUGAACUUUACACGAGCAUUAGCGCUAUUAGAGCCAAAAACUGGUAUAAAGUUAUAUACCAUAUGUCCGGGCCCUACCAGCACCAAACAUUUUGAAGAUGUACACUGCUUUCUGGGGAAGAACCUGAUUGUGAGCGAGAGAUUGCGUCGCUUAGUCAAACCACAAUUGCCAGCUGAUUGUGCCAUGAAUAUUGUCAAAGCCAUGGAGACAAACGCUAAUGGUGCAACUUGGUUGUGUGAUAUGGGCCAACUGAAAUUGGUGGAAAUAAAGAAUUUCUGGACGCCACCGCAUAAGCGAAAUAAAGAGGCUGAGCAAAAGAAAGGUUCUGAACCAAAUAAAGAAGCUGAACAAAAUAAAGAAACAGAACGUACUAAGGAAUUAGAACAGAACGAAAAAACUUCGCAAACGGCAGAAACUGUGCAAAAAGGAGAGACAUCGCAAAAGGAAGCAUCCGCAGAACAAGCGAAAGCAACUGUCCGAAACCCCACCGAACAAGUGACAGCUGAAAAAAAGACAGAUGAAACAAUGCCGCUGAGAAAACGAAGGUAUCUAAUAUGCGAUUUAGGAAGGGAUAUGCAAAAUAUAUGCAAAACAUGAAGAACGCGACUGAAUACUGAGUAUUGAGAAAAUGUGUUUGAAAAUUUUUAUACAAAAAGUAGUAAACCUAUUUUAACAGUAUUUUAGAAAUUUUAAUUUAUGAAAAUAUAGAUUAAGAUAAAAAUGUGGAUAUAUAAGGAAUAAUAAGCGAGUAACUGAUUAAAAUAGAAACUGAGAUAUUGUAAGUUUUUUCUUUAGAAAUUA